AUGGGCGCCCCCUCCUCCCUCCCCGCCGCGGCGGCGCUCCUGCUCCUGAGCCUCCUCGCCGGCGUGCACUGCCGCGAGGCCCAGCUCGACGUCGGCGGCGCCGACGCGGCCGGCGCCGAGACCUACAACGCCAGCGACGCCGCCGUGUACUGGGGCCCCUGGCAGAAGGCCCGCGCCACCUGGUACGGCCAGCCCAACGGCGCCGGCCCCGACGACAACGGUGGUGCGUGCGGCUUCAAACACACCAACCAGUACCCGUUCAUGUCCAUGGGGUCCUGCGGCAACCAGCCAUUGUUCAAGGACGGCAAGGGCUGCGGCUCCUGCUACAAGAUUCGGUGCACCAAGGACAAGUCCUGCUCCGGCAAGGCGGAGACGGUGAUCAUCACCGACAUGAACUACUACCCGGUGUCCAAGUACCACUUCGACCUCAGCGGCACCGCGUUCGGCCGGCUCGCCAAGCCCGGCCUCAACGACAAGCUCCGCCACUCAGGCAUCAUCGACAUCGAGUUCACCAGGGUGCCGUGCGAGUUCCCGGGCCUGAAGAUCGGUUUCCACGUGGAGGAGUACUCGAACCCCGUCUACUUCGCGGUGCUCGUCGAGUACGAGGACGGCGACGGCGACGUGGUGCAGGUGGACCUGAUGGAGUCGAAGACGGCGCACGGGCCGGCGACGGGGCGGUGGACGCCGAUGCGCGAGUCCUGGGGCAACGUCUGGCGCCUCGACACCAACCACCGCAUGCAGGCGCCCUUCUCCAUCCGCAUCCGCAACGAGUCCGGCAAGACGCUCGUCGCCCACAACGUCAUCCCGGCCAACUGGAGGCCCAACACCUUCUACCGCUCCUUCGUCCAGUACAGCUGAUCCCCCGGGCCCCGCGCCGUGCCCGCAAUUGGAGCUGGCACGCCCGCCCGGCCUCCCGGCUACUGCUGCUACUACUAGUACGGCGGGAACGGAACGGCUAGUCGUCGAGGGUUGUCUCUCUGGUCAUCGUGUCGUUGCAGUUGUAUCAU